AUGUGUGAUGAUGAUGCAGGAGCUCUUGUCGUCGACAAUGGAUCGGGCAUGUGCAAAGCCGGAUUCGCUGGAGAUGAUGCACCACGUGCCGUAUUUCCAUCAAUUGUUGGACGACCACGUCACCAAGGUGUGAUGGUUGGUAUGGGCCAAAAGGAUUGCUAUGUCGGUGACGAAGCUCAAAGCAAACGUGGUAUUUUAACACUAAAAUACCCAAUCGAACAUGGUAUCAUUACCAAUUGGGAUGAUAUGGAGAAAAUCUGGCAUCAUACAUUCUAUAAUGAAUUGAGAAUUGCACCAGAAGAACAUCCAGUAUUGCUCACUGAAGCUCCAUUGAAUCCAAAGGCCAAUCGUGAAAAGAUGACCCAAAUCAUGUUUGAAACAUUCAACUCACCAGCCAUGUAUGUUGCCAUUCAAGCUGUGCUCUCAUUGUACGCAUCCGGUCGUACCACCGGUAUCGUUUUGGAUUCGGGUGAUGGUGUCUCACACACCGUCCCAAUCUAUGAAGGUUAUGCAUUGCCACAUGCCAUUCUCCGUUUGGAUUUGGCCGGUCGUGACUUGACUGACUACCUUAUGAAGAUCCUUACCGAACGUGGUUAUUCGUUCACCACAACUGCUGAACGGGAAAUUGUCCGUGAUAUCAAGGAGAAAUUGUGCUACGUUGCAUUGGACUUUGAACAAGAAAUGGCAACUGCAUCGGCAUCAACUUCAUUGGAAAAAUCAUAUGAAUUGCCCGAUGGUCAAGUCAUUACCAUUGGCAAUGAGCGUUUCCGUUGCCCAGAAUCAUUGUUCCAACCAUCAUUCUUGGGUAUGGAAUCAUGCGGUAUCCAUGAGACUGUCUACAAUUCAAUCAUGAAGUGUGACGUUGACAUCCGAAAGGAUUUGUAUGCUAACACUGUUCUCUCAGGUGGUACCACCAUGUAUCCAGGUAUUGCUGAUCGUAUGCAAAAGGAAAUCACCGCAUUGGCACCAUCAACUAUUAAGAUCAAGAUCAUUGCACCACCAGAACGUAAAUACUCCGUAUGGAUUGGUGGUUCAAUUUUGGCAUCAUUGUCCACCUUCCAGACCAUGUGGAUUUCAAAGGCUGAAUAUGAUGAAAGCGGUCCAGGCAUUGUUCAUCGCAAAUGCUUCUAGAUGUAAAAUUUCAUUAAUUUUUGAAAUCGAUUUAUUUAAUUUCUUUUCAUUUCAAAUGUCAACUGCUUCUGAGAACAAAGUGCAAAACAAAACAAAUUCAUCAUAUUAUACAGUCAUUAUAACGCAUAUACUCAUAAUAAUUUCUUUUUUCUUUUUUUUAUUAAAAAAUAUUAAUAAACAAAAACACUAUGAAAAGUACCACGAAACCGAUAUACAAUCAAAAUUUACCAAAACAAAUUCAUGUAAUAAAGUGCAAUAAUCAUUACACGUAAUGAUAAUAAUCAACAAAAACUAUUAAAAUCAGCCAAAAGAAAGUCUUGCUCAAUUUUCUUCAUCUCUAUUUCUCUCAAAAUAUUUAUAUAAUUAUGUUCUUUUGUAAUUUUAUGAAAAACACAAAAUAUAAUCUACAAAAAAAUA